AGAGGGCGGCGGGGGGGCUCCGACCGCGCUGCCCCCCCGGGCUGAGCGGCGGGGAGAGCCCGCAGCGGAGCGGGGGGCAGCGCGGCCGCACGGCGUGAAGCUCUCUCUCAUCCCGCUCUCUCAUCCCGCUAUCUCAUUCCUCUCUCUCAUCCCUCUCUCUUAUCCCUUUCUCCAUACCUCUCUCCAUCCCUCCCUCCAUCCCUCUCUCAUCCUUCUCUCCAUCCCUCCCUCCAUCCCUCCAUCCCGGCCGGGGGAGCGGGGUGCGGAGCGGGUCUAGGCGGGGGCUGCCGGCCGGGGAUCAUGCCGGGGGAGCUGCGCCUCGGCACCGCUUUCUCCUCGCCCUCCAUGGAGCCCGGACUUUCUCUACAAUGACUUUCCCCGAGCUGAGCAAUGGCAGCUUGAGUGGGAACCGGACGGGACAGGGCAGCCAGAGCGGUGCCAACCGGUCCUGGGGGCUGCAGGGCGAGGAGAGCCCCGACGGCAACGGCACCACGCUGACUUUCGCCUUGGACGUGCAGGCGGUGGGCGUCGGGGUCUUCCUGGCCGUGUUCAUCCUCUCGGCCAUCGUGGGGAACAUCCUGGUCAUCCUGUCGGUGGCUUGCAACCGGCACCUGCAGACGGUCACCAACUACUUCAUCGUCAACCUGGCCAUCGCCGACCUGCUGCUCAGCACCACCGUGCUGCCCUUCUCGGCCACCCUGGAGGUGUUGGGCUUCUGGGUGUUCGGGCGCAUCUUCUGCAACAUCUGGGCAGCGGUGGACGUGCUGUGCUGCUCUGCCUCCAUCAUGAGCCUGUGCAUCAUCUCCGUGGACAGGUACAUCGGCGUCAAGUACUCCCUCAAGUACCCCACGAUCAUGACCGAGAGGAAGGCGGGGGUCAUCCUCGUGGUGGUCUGGCUCUCCUCCAUGGUCAUCUCCAUCGGGCCCCUGCUGGGGUGGAAGGAGCCGCCGCCACAGGAUGAGAGCAUCUGCAGCAUCACAGAGGAGCCAGGCUAUGCCCUGUUCUCCUCCCUCUUCUCCUUCUACUUGCCCCUCAUGGUCAUCCUGGUGAUGUACUUCAGGAUCUACGUGGUGGCCAGGCGGACCACCCGGAGCUUGGAGGCAGGGGUCAAGAAGGAGAGGAAUAAAUCCAUGGAGGUGGUUCUGCGCAUCCACUGCCGCAGCGUCCUGGAGGAGCCUCUCUCCAGCACCCGGAGCAAGGGGCACAACUUCAGGAGCUCCCUCUCCGUGCGGCUCCUCAAGUUCUCCCGUGAGAAAAAGGCAGCCAAGACUCUCGCCAUCGUCGUGGGUGUUUUCAUCCUCUGCUGGUUCCCCUUCUUCUUCAUCCUGCCUUUUGGUUCUUUCUUCCCGUCUCUGAAGCCCUCCGAAAUUGUCUUCAAGAUCAUCUUCUGGCUGGGGUACUUCAACAGCUGCGUGAACCCCAUCAUCUACCCCUGCUCCAGCAAGGAGUUCAAGCGCGCGUUCAUCCGGCUGCUCAAGUGCCAGUGCCACCGCAGGAGACGGCCCAUCUGGAGAGUUUACGACCACCACUGGAGAGGGGCCUCUGCCAACAGCUCGGUGCAGGACUCUGAGACAGACCUGAGGCCCAGGAUUAACACCCUGAACAGCUCCUUCAUAUUUAACUCCUCCUUCCAGGAGAGAGCCAGUAAGAGGCGAACGCUCAGCUUCAAGGGCUGGAAAAUGCUCACUCCUUUCCAGAAACCAGCAUCCACCCAGCUGAAGGAAAAGAUGAACAGCCUUUCUAACAAAAUCCGGGGUGGUUCCAGCAAAGGGGGGGUGACAGCCACCUACAAAACAGAGGUGGAGUCUGUCUCUAUUGGGAUCCCUCAUGAUUUCACGGAAACCAUCGACUAUCAAACCCAUGACUUAACAGACUGCUGUGGGCUGAGAGAAACAGAUAUUUGAACCCUCUGGAACAGCUGUCGAUGGUUUCUUUAGAGGUAUACAGCAGAAAUGUGGAGGGAUACCAUCUGUGGGUCUGUCAGGCAGACUGGAAGCAGCAAUCAGGUAUAAAAUGCAGUUGCCCAAAGGUUAUCCGAAAAUCCCCCAUGUGGCGCUCAACCCCUUCUGUGGGAUUAUGGGUUCCUCAAAUAAGAGCCAAUGGCAUAUCCCAUUUUAACAAACCUCAGCAGGAGGGGAAGAUGUGGGGUGGAUGUGGCCUUAGGAGAAGAGCUGUCUCCCUCCAGGGGAUGGUUGUCUUUGACUUUGGAAGAAGCUGUGCAAUUAAGGGAAACCAGGAUGUCUCCUUUGCCUUAAAAACACCACCGUGAAAUCUGAUGGAAAGAUCAAACCCCAAAAGAUGCCAACCCUGCCUUAGUACAUGUGAUCACGUUUCUGUCCAGAGGCAGCAUCCAGAAAGGACACUGCCGAGCAGCAGCUGGCAGCUGAUCCUUUAGAUGAUGGGUUGGGAGCUUGCAGAUCUGCAGGGCUGGACAGGACCUCCAGCCGAGCCCCUGGCUCUGGAGGUUGAGCAGACUGGGGUAUUUCCAAGCAGGAUGGGGGGAUCCUGGUUCUCAGCCAUCAUCUCUGCAGUGACCACGGCUUUGCCCCUUCCACAUAACCUGGUUUUAGGCUGGAGGAGGAGUCCAGAUGUCUACACAGGGUGUACAGGUCUCUCUCCUCUAAUUCCAGCCUGUGAAGCAUUUCUGAUUUCACUUUCCAGUGAAACACUUGCAAUCCACCUUGCUUUAGUGCUCAUCCAUCUGUGAUACAGAGAGUAACCGGCUCCUUUUGGUGUCAGUCAUCCCCAACCUUUUCUGUCCCCUUCUUGCUCUAGUUGUUUCUCUCAAAAAACACAGGAUAAAAGUGCAUCCCAGGGGAUUCACUCAGGACAAGAGGAAAUGGCCUCAGGGUGUGCCAGGGGAGGUUUAGGUUGGAUA